GUGCGCGCCGCCGCCGUGCCGUGCACGCGCUCUCGCCCUCCGCGUGCUUGCGUCCGCGCGCGACUCGGCCCCUCCGUGCAGGUGGAGGCAUGUAGCAGCACCUGGAUCUCCGUGCACGUCGCUGCUGCUUCUUCUUCCUCACCCUCGACGUCGCCCGUCCGCCUUUCCCGCCGCGAGGCUCCCGGUGGCGGGGGGAAAAGGGGAUCUUUUUUUGCCCCCGUCGGGUCGAGGAGCGUUAAUCCUGGCUGCCGCACGUCCGAUGGUCGAUGGUCGUUGAGGAAGCUUCCAUCUUGAGUGCACCACCAUGGCGAGCGACUCCCCCGCCAGGAGUCUGGACGAGAUCGACCUGUCUGCUCUACGGGACCCGGCUGGCAUCUUUGAGCUGGUUGAACUGGUUGGGAAUGGCACCUACGGCCAAGUGUACAAGGGUCGCCAUGUCAAGACUGGCCAGCUGGCUGCCAUCAAGGUCAUGGACGUCACAGGAGAUGAGGAGGAGGAGAUUAAAGCGGAGAUCAACAUGCUGAAAAAGUACAGCCACCACAGGAACAUCGCCACCUAUUACGGCGCCUUCAUCAAGAAGAAUCCUCCCGGCAUGGACGACCAGCUAUGGCUGGUGAUGGAGUUCUGCGGCGCCGGCUCAGUGACGGAUCUCAUCAAGAACACCAAAGGCAACUCCCUGAAGGAGGAAUGGAUCGCUUACGUGUGCAGGGAGAUCCUCCGGGGUCUCACCCACCUCCACCAGCACAAGGUCAUCCAUCGGGACAUCAAAGGUCAGAAUGUGCUGCUGACAGAGAACGCCGAGGUCAAGCUAGUGGAUUUUGGUGUAAGCGCCCAGCUGGAUCGCACGGUGGGACGGAGGAACACGUUCAUCGGGACGCCUUAUUGGAUGGCCCCGGAGGUCAUCGCGUGUGACGAGAACCCAGACGCCACCUAUGACUUCAAGAGUGAUCUGUGGUCGCUCGGCAUCACGGCCAUAGAGAUGGCGGAGGGAGCGCCACCGCUGUGCGACAUGCACCCCAUGAGAGCGCUCUUCCUCAUCCCCAGAAACCCCGCCCCCAGACUCAAGUCAAAGAAGUGGUCCAAGAAGUUCCAGUCGUUCAUCGAGGGCUGCCUGGUGAAGAGUCACGGUCAGCGGCCCAGCACCGAGCAGCUCCUCAAGCACCCCUUCAUCAGGGACCUUCCUAACGAGCGGCAGGUCCGCAUCCAGCUGAAGGACCACAUCGACCGCACCAAGAAAAGGAGGGGCGAGAGAGAUGAGACCGAGUACGAGUACAGUGGCAGCGAGGAAGAGGACGAAGAGCGGGACAUCGGCGAGCCGAGCUCGAUCAUCAACAUUCCCGGGGAGUCCACUCUAAGGCGGGACUUCCUGCGUCUCCAGCUGGCCAAUAAGGAGCGGUCGGAGCUGAUCCGCCGCCAGCAGCUGGAGCAGCAGCAGAACGAGGAGCACAAGCGCCAGCUGCUGGCCGAGAGGCAGAAACGCAUCGAGGAGCAGAAGGAGCAGAGGCGGCGGCUGGAGGAGCAACAGCGCCGCGAGCGGGACAUGAGGAAGCAGCAGGAGCGCGAGCAGAGGAGGCGCUACGAGGAAAUGGAGCAGAUCCGCCGCGAGGAGGAGAGGAGGCACGCCGAGAGGGAACAGGAGUAUAUCCGUAGACAGCUGGAGGAGGAGCAGAGGCAGCUGGAGAUUCUGCAGCAGCAACUCUUGCAGGAGCAGGCCUUACUGCUGGAGUACAAGAGGAAGCAGAUCGAGGAGCAGCGCCAGGCGGAGCGGUUGCAGAGGCAGCUGCAGCAGGAGCGCGCCUACCUGGUGUCCCUGCAACAGCAGCAGCAGCAAGACCCACAGCGCCCCCCACAGGAUAAGAAGCAGCUCUACCACUACAAGGACCAGGCGCCUGGUGCCGCCAACGACAAACCCGCCUGGGCCAAAGAGGUGAUGCGUCGAGCUCAGAGCAACUCGCCUCGCGUUCCCCCCAAGAAGUACCACUCCUUUAGGCAGCCGCGCAACACCAACCUGGACAACCUCUUCCUGCUUCCCGGUUACAAACCUCGCCGGGCCCGCCCCCCUUCCUACCCCGCCCACGGCAGCCCCUCCAGGAGUUACAACCACAAGCACCAGCGCGGCGGCCACGUGCCGCUGAUCCACGUCACCUGCGUGCCGGAGUCCACCCCUGCACGCCGAAGGGGGAGCCCGGACUCCCGAGGGCGGAGUCCCAGCCGCCGGGUGGACGAGCGUUACGUGAUCAACAGACAGACUUCUCCUGCCUUGCAGCAUAAGGUCUCCAACCGAAUCUCGGACCCCACGAUGCCGCCCCGCUCCGAGUCCUUCAGCAGCGGCGGCAUCCAGCAGGCCCGGACUCCGCCCAUGCACCGCUCCGUGGAGCCGCAGAUGGCCCACCUGGUGCAGGUGAAGAGUCACGGGCUGUCAGGCUCGCAGUCUCUUUACGACCCCCACGGCGUGUCCUCCUCCACGGUAUCGCCCUCUCCCUCCAGACCUCCCAUGCCUCGGCAGAACUCCGACCCCACCUCAGACACCCCUCCUCCCAUGCCUCUCUCACGCCUGGUGCCCCCUCUUGACAAGCUGGACCGCAGCUCCUGGCUGCGGCAAGACGACGACAUGCCCCCCAAGGUUCCUCAGAGGACCACGUCUAUAUCCCCGGCUUUGGUCAGGAAGACCUCGCCUGGGAACGGGCCUGGACUGGGACCCCGGGCUGGAGCACACCUCAUACGGGCCAGCAACCCCGAUCUUCGGAGGACUGAUGUCUCCAUGGAUGCACCCCUGAAGAGGACGAGCAGUGGCAGCUCCAGCUCCAGCACCCCCAGCUCACAGGGGGGCUCCAACGAGCGAGCAAAUGCAGCCAUGAAGACAGAAGGCACGGUUCCGUCGGACGAGACCAAGGACGACAGCAGAGAUGUGUCGCGACCCAGCCGGCCUGCAAGCUAUAAGAAAGCCGUAGACGAGGACCUCACGGCGUUGGCCAAGGAGCUGCGGGAGCUGCGACAGGGCGAGGAAACCAGCCGCCCGCCCGUCAAGGUCACGGACUAUUCCUCGUCCAGCGAGGAGUCUCACAGCAGCGAGGAUGAGGACGGCGAGGGCGGCGCCAACGACGGAACGGUGGCCGUGAGCGACAUCCCUCGCAUCAUGCCGGCGGCCAGCAAAGGAGGGAACGAGGGCAUGAUGGGAGGACACAACGACUCGCACGGAAACAACUCGCGGGACGGCACCCUAAUGAUGCGUGAGAGACGUGGCGAGCGGAGGCGGAGCUCCACCGCCAGCAACGGCGUCCUCGGUAUUGCUAAUCUCUUUGCCGACACCUCCGAGCUCCCCGAUUUGGUGCAGCCAGGCACUUCCCCCCCAGUCGCCCAAUACGGGAUGGGAGGAGGCGGCGGGGGUGGCCUCAGCUCCAAGGCCUCCUUCACGCCAUUCGUGGAUCCGAGGGUUUACGGGACUUCUCCGACGGACGACGAGGACAACAUCUCCGCUUCAGCCAUGUUUGCCGACGAGCUGCUGAAGCAGGAGCAGGCGCGCCUCAACGAAGCCCGCAAGAUCUCGGUGGUCAACGUUAACCCCACCAACAUCCGACCGCACAGCGACACGCCGGAGAUCCGCAAGUACAAGAAGCGCUUCAACUCCGAGAUCCUGUGCGCCGCUCUGUGGGGAGUGAACCUGCUGGUGGGAACCGAGAACGGCCUGAUGCUGCUGGACCGCAGCGGGCAGGGCAAAGUCUACAACCUCAUCAACCGCCGCCGCUUCCAGCAGAUGGACGUCCUGGAGGGUCUCAACGUCCUGGUCACCAUCUCAGGCAAGAAGAACAAGCUGCGCGUGUACUACCUGUCUUGGCUGAGGAACAGGAUACUCCACAACGACCCCGAGGUGGAGAAGAAGCAGGGCUGGAUCACGGUGGGCGAGCUGGAGGGUUGCGUGCACUACAAAGUCGUCAAGUACGAGAGGAUCAAGUUCUUGGUGAUCGCCCUGAAGAACGCCGUGGAGAUCUACGCCUGGGCUCCCAAACCUUACCACAAGUUCAUGGCCUUCAAGUCCUUCACAGAGCUGCAGCACCGCCCCCUGCUGGUAGACCUGACAGUGGAAGAAGGGCAGAGGUUAAAGGUCAUCUACGGCUCCAGCGCAGGCUUCCACGUCGUGGAUGUGGACUCCGGCAACCCCUACGACAUCUACAUCCCCUCACAUAUUCAGGGUCAGGUGACCCCGCACGCCAUCGUGGUUCUGCCCAAGACGGACGGCAUGGAGAUGCUGCUGUGUUACGAGGACGAGGGCGUCUACGUCAACACCUACGGCCGCAUCACCAAGGAUGUGGUGCUGCAGUGGGGCGAGAUGCCCACUUCUGUCGCCUACAUCCACUCCAACCAGAUCAUGGGCUGGGGAGAGAAGGCCAUCGAGAUCCGCUCGGUGGAGACGGGACACCUGGACGGCGUUUUCAUGCACAAGCGAGCCCAGCGACUAAAGUUCCUGUCGGAGAGGAACGACAAGGUCUUCUUUGCGUCGGUGCGCUCCGGAGGCAGCAGCCAGGUCUUCUUCAUGACCCUCAACAGAAGCUCCAUGAUGAACUGGUGUUGAAGACCCUGAAAAUGGAUGGAUGAAACUCUUUUGGGAGCUUCAAGAGGGAUCCCCAAGGGUUAAGAAAAUCCUUGACUGGACCCCAUCAGCGUGUGACAGCAUCCCCACUCAGACUAGCCUUCGGCGCUCCUGUCCAUCGCCCGUGCGAGCCGCCUCCGCGCCGUGUGCUGCCAAUGAGUCAAUAAAAACACGCCGAGAGGGGACAGACGGGACUUGUCUGCAAGUGGCGUACGGACAGAAAGGCGGAGUCAGCAUCUUUUUAACCCACGGUGGUCCAGCGUCACUCAGGAAACACAUUCGUGCUACUUGGACAUGUCUUGCCCCCACUGCCACUCGGGGGGUGAGCGAAGUGCACCUGUGGACGACCACGCCAGUCCAUGCAUAUCACGGGUUAGUUCAUCUUCCACGGAUUACUUUCAUUUUUAGAGCAGGAGUUGGUCUCCGACAUGAGCACAAACACCUUUUUUUUUUCAUGCGUGAGGCUCCUCUUUGACUUAUUGCGUUGACGUACAAACAAGUAGAUGAGCAGCAAGCCUCCGACAUGCACAGGACCUUCACUUUCACGCGCUGGCUCUCUCUAUACAUAUAUUUACACUGUAUAUCUUACUCUUCACUUUUAGGCAAAGACACAAAAAACAAAACACUGAAAGCUUAGCUGUCUUUCUACAAUUUAAAAAAACAUAGCUGACAAUUUCUUAAAAACAAAAAAAAAAAGGUCGACACUUUUUAUUGUGGUAUUUGUAUUUCAAUUUUUUGUAUCAAGACUGUGAACAGCUGUCUGUGUGUGUGUGUGUGUGUGUGAGUGACAGAGUGUGUGUGUACAGAUGUGUGACAUGCAUGUGAGUGUUUUCACCCUCGUCUGGAUCACUGGAAUCAAACCUCGAAUCUAAAGGACACACAUCGGUGAUGUUGGAAUUCUACAAUAAACGUCCUCUCCUUGUACAGCA